AUGCCCAAGAGGCACCCCCCACUCCGCCACUUGCUGUGCGGCCCUGAAGAGUCUGCCUCGUAUGCAGCUUCCACCAGCUCCUUGGUGCCGCAGAAACGGCAGCGAGUCGGCACUCAGAUGGCCUGCAACGAAUGUCGCCGGAAGAAGGCCCGCUGUGACGGGGAGCGCCCGUGCUGUAGGGCCUGCCAGCAGCGAUCUGUGCCAUGCAUCUACGCCGACAAGCCCGCCGUCGGUCCACCGAUCGUGGACGAGUCCUGCGAGAUCGUGCAGGUCCUCCGCUCCGCCUCGGAGAGCGAAGCGUUUGGCAUCCUGCGUCUGCUCCGGACCAACGACGACCUGUCGGCCGUGGCGCAUAUUGUCAAGUCCAUGCUGGGGCUCAGGCAAUCGCCGGCCGAAAACGCAUCCGAGACGGCAGUCGGUCUCCAAGAAGCUCCGUAUCCCAGCCUAGAGUUUGAGCUCAUGACCAAGAACCCCGUCUCGUAUCCCGCGCUGCACCCCCUCUUCGCCUCCUCCUUGGAGGAGUGUAAUUUACUUGGGCCGGUCCAGCUGCACCGACCAGACUCUCGAGACGCGAGGUUCGCCUUUGAGAGUGUCCCGUCAAGACUCUUGUUGCUGAUCUUUCUCAGCAUCAAGUUCAGCAGCCAGGUGGUCGGCGCCUCCCCCGAAGCGGCCAUCGAGACGACCGACUCGGAUCCCGCCCGCACCUCUGAUGACCCGGCAUUGAACCCGUUUCUCUCGAGCUAUGGGCCCGACGAAAUCGUGCUGUCGAGAUCGAGCUAUUGCGACGAGCGCUUGCGCGACUUGGACAUUGCUUUCUGGACCAAUGUCCCUGUAACUAACGAGUUUGCGGCCCGCGUCAUCUCGCUUUACCUAGAGACAGACCAUCCGCUGCUAGGCACCUUUGAUCCGGACCUAUUCAUCGGCGACCUGGUUGCUCGCCAGACCCGACAUUGCUCUCGCCUGUUGGCCAACGCAACACUGUACUGGGGUUCGCAAAUGUAUGCCGCUAUCGACAGAGAUGCCUACCCGCAAGCCCAGCUCUUCUGUGUCGAGGCAGAGCGGCUCUGGCGCCUUGAAGGGCCGUCAGACACCCUUCUCAACAUCGCGAGCGCCCAGCUCCUAAGUCUUGCCACCCUCGGGCAAGGCAAGGACCAUCACAUGCUGGAGUACCUGGGCGCAACCUUCCACAUGGGCUUGCGAAUGUCGUUGUUUGGCGUGGAGCCGGCUGUGGGGAUCAAGAUGGUCAACGAGCUCCCCCGGGACAUGCGCAGUGCGACCUCAUAUGCGGCCUGGGGCACCUUCAACUGGAUAGUGCUUAUGUCGCUGUUCUACCAGCAACCAGGUGUCCAGUACCCGAACCACCCUCCCGAGCUCCCGAUUCCAGGCGUCCGAGAGCCUGUCUCGACGCCGCAUAAGGAACACUCAGCGAAAGGGCCGGGUUUGGGGGAUCCCGCCCUGGCAACGGCGCCCUACAUGGGAGAGACUUUCCCAGCGCUGUGUAUGUUCUGGCGCAUCCUCCACGGCGUCACCCGGGACUAUUACCAGAAUGCGCCCAAGCAGCCUGCACCCGCGAGCGGCCAUGUCUCGCUUGUCUUUGCGGAGCACAAGUACCGCGAGCUUCUUGCCUGGGCGGAAACCCUCCCAAAGUCUCUCGCGCUGUCCGAGGAUAGUGCGCACCACGUCGUGGUCUUUCAUGUUUGGUUCCAUGCGGCUAUUCUCGACAUCUUCCGCCCCUUUGUACGAGGCCCCGAGGACCGUCUUGCCACGUUUGCGGCGCGCGAGAGCUGUCCGCGAGUCGCCUUCAAAGCCUCGGUCGAGCAGCUCAAGAGCCUCGUGGUCAUCUAUCGCUCGCGGCACAAGGAGUCGGCAUACUCGAUCCUCUGGCACACGGGCAUGAUCUACCUGGCCAACGCGGUCCUGCACGAGCCCAAGGACCCGGCGUGGCGCUUCUACUUUCUCCACUGCGUCCACGGCUACGGGAGCCUGCGCCGGUCGUACCGCGUUGCCGAGGCCGUCGGCCGGGCACUGCUGACCAUGACCCUGCGCAGCGGCGACAUGUCGAGCGACGAGGCGCGGAGCAUCUUUGGCCGGCUCAAGAAACGGGGGCUGGCGUACGUGUCGGACGAGAUCCGGGCCACGUUCAUGGUCGACUUGGACCUGGCCAUGACGGAUCCCGACGACUCGAGCGUCGAGAAGCUUGCUCAGGGGUUCGAGGACUGGACCCUGUUUCGAGAGUUUACGCACCUCGACGGGUGA